AUGGCGCCAACCCUGUCCCUCCCCGCAACUCUCCCAAAGGAGGCUCCCUCGGCACCUUCAGAUGAGCUUCAGUAUGCGGAUGUGGCUGUGACUGCAACCGCGAACGAGUUUGAAGGUAUCUAUCGGGGCAAGAAAUACCAUCCGACGGAUAUAUAUGGCAUGCUUGACCGUGCCAAAAGUGCCAACGUACACAGAGUUCUACUGACAGGCAUGUCUCUCCACGACGUUGAAUUCAACUUGGCAAUAGCGCAGGCCCGAUCGGACCAGUGUGGCAUGACUGUUGGGGUUCAUCCAUACCACGCCGCUCAGCCGGAGACAGAAGAUGACUAUCUGGAACGACUCGCCAAUGCCGUUGAUGGCCUGAUACAACAGAAGCCAAGACUCAUAAGAGCAUUCGGUGAGUUGGGCCUUGACUAUGACCGGCUAGAUCAUGCAGGCAAAGAGGUGCAGAUUCGCACGUUCCGAGCCCAAUUGGAUCUGUUUGUGACGAGGAAGUGGGAUCUGCCACUGUUCUUGCACUGCCGAGCCGCAUUUGACGACUUUGUAGCCAUUAUCAGCCCAUACAUACCGAGUUUGCCUCGUAUGGGUCUAGUCCAUUCUUUUGUUGGAACGGUAGCUCAAAUGCGCAAGCUGAUUGAGCUGGGCUUCGACAUCAGCGUCAACGGCUUCAGCUUCAAAAACUGGAGCAGUCUGGAGAUGGUGAACAAGGUCCCACUGGAGAAGCUUCAACUGGAGACAGAUGCUCCAUGGGGUGAAGUGAGAGAUGGCGACGAACUCUGGCGGCGCUACGGUGCUAAUUUCAAUGGAGUGGAAGCGAAGAGGAAGAAGAAGGAUAAAUGGGAGGAAGGGCAUAUGGUCAGAGACAGGAACGAGAGUUGCUGCGCUGCAAGAGUGGCCUUUGUGACCGCUGGCUGUCAGGGACGCAGCGUGGCAGAGAUUGCGGGAGCAGCGUGGAGAAACAGCACGAAGAUGUUCUGGUCUGACACCUGA